CAGGUCCUUUUCGCCAGCGUCUAAAUCACCAAGAUUCCCUUCGAUUUGGUCGAUUUUUUUCCAAAUAUUGGAAAUAUUAAUGGUUUUUGAAUUAUCUGGAAAAACGUAAAUAUUCCUCCAGGCUGGGAGGUCGGUAUUAUUCUACGGGUCACGCCCAAUAAAAAUUCGAGUGCAAUUCAUUACAUCAGCACGUGGUUGGGGCUCCAUCCGUUGACUCUUUCAAAAGAAAGUUAGAUCAAUUGAGACCACCAUUGCCAGGACUAGCACAGGCCAUUAAGCCUUCUGUCCUUUCUGAACUGAAACUGAAAGGCUUGAUCAACCCAAGCCUGUUAGCCUUGCUACUUACUCUCCGUAUCUUCAUGUUAUCUUCAAGUGUGUUAAUGGCGUAAACGUUCUUGGUAGUUAGUUGACAUAUGUGUCAAAUAAUAACCAAUGCAUCUGCACCAUAGUGUGAAAGUGUUGGAGAAUCAAAUACAAUAUAUAGCGGUAUUCUGCUCACAGAAACUACCACUUAGAUUGCAUCCCAUUAACUUUCACUCUUCGCUCUCAAUAUCUGGGUACCUUCUGGUCCAGGACUUUCAGGAAAAUCUCAACUUCUUUUUGCGGUUGUGUUUAUAUCACGUUACGUGGAUUUGUUUUUCAAUUUCAUUUCACUGUAUAACACCAUCAUGAAGCUUUUCUUUAUCAUUUGCUCUUGUGCGACCGUCUACUUCAUGUAUUUCAAAUUCAAGGCUACAUACGAUUCUAAUCAUGAUACAUUUGCUGUGUAUUUGUUGCUGAUCCCCAGUCUGCUUCUAGGAUUAGUGGCCAAUUACGAAUUUUCUUUAUAUGAGGUAAGGCCUUCAAUACAGAUUUUUCGAUUUUCACUUUGAUAAUUUGGCUGAAACAAACAAUUUACAGUUAGGUAUUGUAAUGGCGCAUCCGUUUAGACUGGCUCACACCAAACAAUCCAAAACAACCAGCUUUUAUAACGACACUGAUUAGGCAAAACAAGAAAAAAAACCAAAAUGAGACUGAGUACGUAACUCUGGAAUUGUAAUUCUAUUGUCCAAAUUAAUUUUAGAGGUAAUCCAUCCUCAUCACUAUAACUGAUUAAAGUCUAUGUCACUUAAGGUCUCCAGCUGAUGAAUUAUAUUAUAUAUGAACAUAAAGCUUGAUGUUUCUUACACGUUUGAGAUAACUUUUAAGGUACUGUGGGCUUUCUCAAUUUACUUGGAAUCGGUUGCUAUUAUGCCUCAGUUGUUUAUGAUUAGCAAAACUGGCGAAGCUGAAACAAUCACUUCUCACUACUUAUUUGCGUUAGGAUCGUACCGUGCGUUGUAUUUGUUCAACUGGAUAUACCGUUAUGUUUUUGAUGAUUAUCUCGACUAUAUUGCUGUUGUUGCGGGUAUUGUACAAACAUUAUUAUAUUGUGACUUCUUCUAUUUGUAUAUAGCUAAAGUUAUGAAAGGACGUGACUUACGACUACCUGCCUGAUCUCUACUAAUUUCCAAUAUUUAUAUUUUUGACUUUAUGAUGUUUUUGCUUUGUUUCUCUAUAGUUGUGUUAUAAAAUAAAAUGGUCUUAUGCAUC